GCCCUGGACCCGAUCUUCAGUGUAUUUCAGUGGGUAGCAGCCCAUCAUCGUUGACGUGUGUGCCUAAUCUGCACUGUGCCCCCUCAACCCCACCAUCCAUCCAUUCGAUCUCAUCUCUCUCUUCCUUGCUCGCUUCCAUUGCUUUCCCCUCGGGCAGACUUUGCGACGACCCAACGGUUCUCUACCUUAGUUAAAACCUUCCGAUCCCCCCUUUCUAGACGCAACAGCGAUUAAAACGACCAGGACAGGUCCCCAUACUUCAAAAUGGCCGGAAACUUUGAGGAAGUUGCCAAGCAGUUUGUUGAGUUCUACUACAACACCUUCGACAGUGAUCGCAAGGGUCUCGCUGCUCUCUACCGAGACCACUCUAUGCUGACUUUCGAGUCUGCUUCCGUCCUUGGCACCCAAGCCAUUACCGAGAAGCUUGCUGGCCUCCCCUUUGAGAAGGUCAAGCACCAAGUCUCUACCCUCGAUGCCCAGCCCUCCAACGACCAGGGCGGUGUCAUUAUCCUCAUUACCGGUGCUCUCCUUGUCGAUGAGGAGCAGCGCCCCAUGAACUUCAGCCAGUCUUUCCAGCUCGCCCGCGAUGCGAAUGGCCAGUACUUCGUCUACAACGACAUCUUCAAGCUUGUCUUCGGUUAAACGAAAGCAGUUACACUGCCGGCCGACGCCUUUUGUUGUUUGAAUGAGUUGAGCGAUGUUUAUAAACACACAAACACACCAAGUGGGGCGACAGACGAGGGGAAAUUAAAGCGGCAAUGGCAACGGAAUAGCUUCUUUUUUUGACGAUAAGAUGAAUUUAGAAAAUCGCUUGAAGGGAACGCUGUGAUUGUCUUGGAUUUCCUCUCGCCAAUGAAGCUUAAUCAUUGUGUCUCAAAGCUAUGAAUACUUAACCUCAGCUUGAUAACAUGGCAAAUAGGGUCUGAAGUGAUCAAGCCAAGAUAAAGCCAUCCAAAAUUGAUUAAAGUGAAUGUAAACGGUGCAACGACGUGCGUCACCUAUACUUGAGUAUGGUCAAGGACCGCGAUUGGCGUUAUAUCUUAAGAAAUGAACUGCUUCAACGGCCACAGCCCGACUCAUUCUUCAGCAG